GACGCCCUGCCCCAGCGCCUCACGGCGGCGAGCAUGCAGCGCCAGGCCGAGAAGGCCCGCCUCCUGCGCGUGCUGCGGCUCGGGUCGGACUCGGCGGGGGGCGCGGCGCCCCUGCUGCUGGCGAAGCGCAGGGCGCAGCAGCAGGCGGCGCGGGGCGACCACUCCACCUUCAGCGCUCUGAACAUCGACGGCACGCCAGGCACUGCGGUUGGCGAGGCACGCUUCCUCGCGGAGAUGGGCAAGCCGCCGCGGACGGCGCCCGAGGCGGACGGCCAGAGAUGCCCGAAGGCCUCGCCCGGCAGCCAGGCGGCCGCGGCGCCCUACGUCGACCCCGACGCCUCCACGGCCGAGGAGGACGAGUCGCCCUGCGCGGAGGCGGACCAGAGCCUCCCCGGCUUCGUGGCCUCCCGCGGCCUGCUGCUCGCCUACCGCCGCCUGGCGGACGUGGAGGCGCCGGAGCUGGCCAACCUGAGCGUCGGCAGGGACCCGACCGCACGCUGAGUGUGCCCGCCAUGCCCCCCGGGGUCUUCGCACGCCAGCGCAGCGAGCCCGUGAAGCUCUGGGAGCGCCAGAUCUCCACCUCCAGCUCCCUGCCCGGCACGCCGGCGUUCUCGCGCAUGCGCAGCUGCCAGCCGGCGAGCGCGGAGGAGCUGCGGAAGCGCGAGGUGCAGUCCUUGCUGAACAAGGUCUGCCCUGAGAACGUGGCUUCGGUGAUCGAGAAAAUGAGCUCCAUGGAGGUCAGAACGGCAGCCCAGAUGGAGGUGGUUAUUGAGCUCAUCUUCAAGAAGGCUCUGGCGGAGCCGCACUAUUGCGAGACCUACGCCGACAUUGUAUUCGGGCUGAAGUCUGCAUUCCCAGAGUUCCAGAACCCUGGCGGCAGCAAGCCGAUGACAUUCAAGUCUUCUGUGCUCAACAUCUGUCAGCACGAGUUCGAGGACCUGCUCGCGGCGCCCGAGCCGUCGGAGGACGAGCGGGCUAAGCUGGACCCCGAGGAGAGCUGGACCACGAGCGCCAGGAGCGCAAGAAGCGCAUGCGCGCCAACAUGCGCUUCAUCGGGCACCUCUUCCUGCGCCAGCUGCUGUCGGCGAAGGUGA